AUGUCUCCACAAAGUGCAGUGGGCUCGCUGGUCUUCUUCACUAGCGCCCUGAGUACCGCUUCAACCUUUCACCAGGUUUUUACUCGUUCCAACAAACCUCGCGCUUUGUCAGUGGGUUCCGCUCCGCCCUCUCCGGUAAUCUCUCCACAAAAAUCUUCUCGCGGUCGCUUUAGAUGGUUUAAAGCAAAGAGAAAAUAUACUCCUCCGCCAACCGCGGUCCAUCCUCACGACGACGAUAUGUCAUCAAUAUGCUCCGAACCUGAUAUGUAUUUGGGAAAACGAAGGACAUUAUCAGUCCCCGACCUGCCUAAUUGGAAGUAUUCGCCAAUGUCGGCGUCACAAUCUACAUUUGUUCACACCAGUCUGGACGAAACCUUGCAGGAAGAAGACGAAGAAAUUGAGGAUUGGGAUUCAAUGAUCGCUGCCGAGGAGCAAAAGUCGUCAAAUCUGUUCAGCAGAAGACCUUCUUUGCCUCCUAUACCCUUCUCGUUUCCGCUCACCAGGGGAAAGGCGGAGAAAAGGAGACAUAAUAGAUGCAAGUCUUUACCGCAGAUACCUAUGCAGGAUUUACCCGAUAGUUUGUAUCGGAAGCCAAAACAGCGCGAGAGUUGGGAUGCUUUUUACGUCAUAGAAACACCAGAGAUCCCCGUUCCAGAGGUUGUCGAAGAAUCUCAAAUCUUUAUUCGUAUGGACAUGUUCAACAUACUCGACUUUAAUUCUCAGAUAAAAGCACUCGAAACUCUUCGUCAACAAAAGCGUACCCUGACCGAAUCCAUCCAGCCAGCCUCCAGAUGCCUCGGCAACACUCUGCGCUCACUUAACAACACCGAGCUAUGCUACGAUACACUUGAAGCCAAAUAUCAGAGUUACUGGGAAGAAGCCGAUGUUAUACUCGAUCUCAGCGAUGUUGCGGAAGACCAGACUCACAUAUUUGGCGGAAACCGUAGCACUCACGUCAUCGAACGCACGCCGUCAGAGCGACAUUUUCACGUAUUGAAAAAUAUCAUCAAAUCUGAACUGGGAGAUGACGCGUCAAAGGUUAUCCAUCAAUCGAAAGAAACAGAUGACGAUAUGAUGGAAGAUAUAAUAAUCAACGACGAUGAUUCCGACAAGGAGAAUAAAUCGUUUGAUGAGGAGAAGGUUGACGAAAAGAAAAGGCGGAGGGAACGAUUGAGAAUAUCGGUGGAUAUGGUGCCGUGUCUUAUUGGUCGUUUGAAAAAGCUGCGGGAAAUCCUUUCAGAGAAUAUCAAAGAAUUAACCGUGCUUGCUCAGGCAGAGGGUUGUGGAGUUGAAUGCAUUAGAACUGAUGACGGGAAUUUGAUUGCCAGUUGA